AUGGCCUCUACUUCUACCAACAUAAACAGCAAUCCCACUCCCGCGCAGGAAGAAUUCCAAGACCUCCUUGAUAAAAACACCGAGAAAGGUUCGCGAGUACAUCCAGAGGAUCGAGAGACCGAAAAUAGCGACGGCGACGAUAUCGAGGACGAAGAGGAUCGGUACCGAAACGCCCAGAUAGAAGCAGCGAUGCGCGUACCUACUUUGACAGGCGACGUGAAGUUGCCUCCAGCUAGCUUCGACUCAGGCCGUAGUACUGGUGUGAAGGGAGUCAUCGCCGACGCCCGCGCUUACGAGCAGGCCCGUCAGAGCAAGUGGCGGAACAGGGUUCGCGCUGCUCGUCAGUCAGUGUUUGGGAGAGGCGAGACACCUCGGACUACAGGUUCGCAUAGUGGCGAAAGCGAAGAUGACGAAGGUGAGGAUGCCUUUCUCCAGCAAUGGAGAGAAUCGCGAAGGCAAGAGCUCGAAAGGGAGGCGAAGAACGGCAUUCGCAAUAGGAGAACAAGCCCGAGUCUAAGGAUGUUCGGACGCUUGGAUGCCGUCGACGCCUUGGGAUACUUAGAUGCUAUCGAGAAGGUGGGGAGAGAGACAGUCGUCGUAGUAUUUGUGUACGACCACGAGUGUGAAGUAUCGGGUCUCAUCGGCUCAGCGUUGCGACCGCUUGUCACUGCCCAUCCCGAGGUUCAUUUCGUCAAGGUCCACUACGAAGACAUAGAAUUCGACAAUGCCGCUGUGCCCACGAUUCUAGCAUACCGGAACCAAGGCGACCUGUUCGCGAACCUGACGGGCAUCAUUGACAUGAUUCCCGACGACGAGGACUUCGAUAGUGAUUCGUUAAAGAGGAUUUUCAAGAAGCAUAGCAUCAUCUAA